AUGUGUGUUGAUGAAGGUACUCAAUCAAAGACGUUAAAGGUGAGGGUGGAUCACUUUGACAAGGACAAUCUGAUAUAUAAAUCCACGCUGCUCGGAGGAGAAGGUUUUGGAGAUUUUUUGGAGUCUGUCUCGAGGGAGACAAAGAUAGAAGCGAAGCCAGAUGAUGGAGGAUCGGUGGUUAAAAUCAUCACGACGUACCGCACAAAGGAGGAAGUUACAUCGGAAGGGAAACUGAAGCAGCUUGAAGCGAGCAUCAAGAUUGGAGAUAGGAAAACUGAGACGACCAUCAAGGCUGUUGAGGCUUAUCUCCUGGCUAAUCCUAAUGAGUAG